AUGACAUUCCGUUACCACACACAAGACAUCUGGAACAAGUUCCCCGCCCUCCAGCAAGACCAAGUCUUCUUCGACAACGCCGGCGGCAGCCAGACCCUCGGCACCGUCAUCGACUCCAUCAAGGACUACCUCGGCUCGACCAACGUGCAGCUCGGCGCCUCGUACGCCGUCGGCAAGAAGGCGACGGCCGCGUACAGGGCCGGCUACCAGGCCGCUGCUCGGUACAUCAACGCCGACCCGGACGAGAUUGUCUUUGGCCCUUCGACCACGCAGCUCCUCCGCAAUCUCUCCUACGCCCUCAAGUGUGCGCCCGGCGACGAAAUCGUCGUGUCUCGCAUAGAUCAUGAGGCGAACAUCGCCCCGUGGGUCGAUCUGGCAGAGCGGCAGAACCUCGUCCUCAAGUGGUGGAGGCCAACCCCCGGCCCGAACCCCAAACUCACAGUCGACACCCUCAAGCCCCUCAUCACGGACAGGACAAGACUGGUCACUUGCACGCACGCGAGCAACAUCCUGGGGACAAUCACCGACGUGCCAGCCAUAGCAGAUGUAGCUCACAGCGUCGGGGCUCUCCUCUGUGUUGACGCCGUGGCGUAUGCUCCUCACCGACCCAUCGACGUCAAGGCGUUUGGCGUCGACUUUUACUGCUUCUCAUGGUACAAGGUCUAUGGGCCUCAUGUUUCCAUGCUCUACGGUAGCUGGAGCGCGCAGACUCACCUGAGAUCGCUGGGCCACUUCUUCAACCCUUCUGCCUCUUUGGAGGACAAGCUGGGCCUUGCAGGCGGCUCGUACGAGCUGGUGCAGUCCAUCCCGAAGGUGACUGAGUACCUAGGGAAUUUUGAGAAUCUUGUCGAUUAUGAAGGGCUGAUUCAGUCCGCACUUUUAUCCUUCCUCAGAUCGAGAGGAGAUGGCAUCACCAUCUAUGGCGAGCCAGACGGGGACACUGACCGUCGAGUAGCAACCGUCAGCUUCUCCGUGAGGGGAUGGACCUCCCAGGCUCUCGUUGAAGAAGUGGAAAAGGUGACGAAUUUUGCGUUCCGCUGGGGGACAUUUUACUCGGACCGGCUUGUUCGAGAGACGCUGGGACUGGGUAAGGAUGGGGUUGUGAGAGUCAGCAUGGUGCAUUACAACACGCAGGACGACGUUAGAGGGCUUAUCCGAGCACUUCAAGAUGUAUUGGACAAGAGCAGUAGCGGAGCAAGCAGAGCUGAAGCCGGAACGGAUGAGGAUUCUGACGAUGAAGAAACUAGCUGA